AUGCCCGCUCCUAUCCCUCACAAACACCACGACGAAAUCGAACAAGACGGCUUCACCUUGAUCCGCAACUUCCUCACGCCUGAAGAAAUUGAUACUUACCUCGAGGCCUCCGACAAACUCGUGCAGUAUGCACGCGAAGGCAAUUGGCCCGCAGUGAGGACCCGCGGCAAGCAAUUCCCCCCCUGGCCCAAGAACUUCAGCCCCGACAUCUGGGGCAUCUCAGGCUUGCUCCACCCGGACUUGCACGAACUCUCGUUCCCGUUCCACGACUUGUACGCCAACGACAGGAUCCUCGCUGUCGUGAGUGACAUUUUGCAAGUUGACAAACUGAUGAUCUCGAUGGAGUUGUUGAAUAUGUUGAUUAACCCCAUGACCGAUUUCGAGUUGGACUGGCAUCGCGACACCAUCAAGCCCGAGGUGUCGCCGCUGGAAGAACAAGAAGAGUUGUUGAAUGUUGAAGCUUUUGCUGGCGCCCAGUUCAAUUUGGCCUUGACUGAUGACGCGUGUCUCAUCGUUGUGCCUGGAUCGCACAAGAGAUUGCGAACUGAUGAAGAGCGGGAAAAGACCGUUGACCCCAACCGGAGAAAAGAACAUAUAACAGGUGAAAUUGUCGUCGAGUUGAAGCCGGGCGAUUUGGUUUUUUAUAACAACAACAUCUUGCAUCGGGCCAAGUACGACUCGAGCAAGAAAAGGUUGACUUUGCAUGGAAGCUAUGGCAAUGUCAAACACGGCAAGCUGAGAGCAAAGGGGAUUUUGCAGCACGGUGUUGCUGAAUGGUUGCCUCGACUACAGCCUCGAAAUGAAGAUUUGGCGCGUUUGAAGCAGAAAUUGGUUGAUUUGGCGAAUGAGUUUGAAGGUGUCGACUUGGGCUACGCUCAAGAAGGUUGA